AUGUUCGUGUCUAUCAUCUCGCCGUCGGCGCUCAUCAAGGAGGAAGAUGAUGAUAUGGGCGUCGAAAUCAUGGACUUUGAGCAGGGCGAUCAUGACACCAGUCCGAUUGACGCAGAAACUGACACCCUACUCCCCACAAAGAAAGCCCGUCGUCUCCCAAUGAGCGCUCAGCAACAGAGGGAGCGUAUCGAUGAGAUUGAACAAGCUCUCAAGACCUUCGAAAAUACCAAGCACCCUCCACCGCGUACGACCAAGAAACGCAAGACUAUCACUCCAGAACCCUCCUCGCCCAUGGAGACGGAUGUCGUGAACUUGGCCACGCCACCGGCUGAAGAAGCACCAGAGAAGCCGUCCAACGACACUCGGACCACUUCGAGAACUUCGAAGUCGACAAGAAAGGAAAAGGACUCUCUGCUGAACAACAUACCCCCGAAGAUUGUUGAAUUGAUGAAGACGCUGGAUACCUUUGGUAGUCCAUUCGAAAAGGUCCUUUCGCGUACUGUUAAGGCUGCUCUGACCGAAUUACGCCGCAUGAACGAUACCGAGACAUUGGUCACUGAGCUGGAAGCCAUCGAGCGGGAAUGGAAGCUCAACAACAGGGCUUCUUUGCAGAAGGUGGAGGCCCUGCUGUCCCGCAAUGGCGUGGUGGCAAUCGGGGGAGUAGAGAUUCCCUCCGGAUCGUUAUGA